AUGAAGAAGGUAGCACUCCUGCUGGUGGACCGAAAGGUUCCUGUAUACAUGGUCCAAACACGCGGGCCCGGCUCUGAAUUCUCAAUUCCGACAAUGGAGGGUCUCUCUGGUGCAAUCGGACUGAUUGCUUUCUGUACUGAUGACUAUGGAGCCAGAACAGGCAUCGGAUAUGAGACCUAUGUGGAACUGAAGCACGCCCACGAAAACGGUCUACGCAUUAUUCCAGUUCAGCUGUGCGACACGUUUCCGCCGCAGCCCUCGAAGGAUAUUGACGGCCGUGGCUGCCAGCAAAAUUGCGUAGUACUACGACAGUCUAUCAUGCGUGUUCAGGACAUUGGAAUGCAAAACGCAGAGGAGGUAGCUCGCCAGAUCGAGACAGCAUGGAUGGCAAUGAGAACGGAUUGA